CCUCUGUCUGUCACAUCACUGCUAAGUGCUAACACAGCUUGAGCUAGCAAGGGGGCAACUUAGCCAUGAGCUAAAAUAUCUCCCUUGUCGUGUAUCCAAACUUCCCUUCAACGCGGCACCGACGUGAAGAAUUUCGCAGAAAGCGGGAUUACAAUUUAAGCCGUUGCUGCUGCACCUGGAAUUUCAUUUACACGUCCUUCAUUUCAAAAGCCUGACUUUUUCCCCGGAGCCAUGGCAGCUGCUAAACCCAAAGGGCAGAACUCCUUAGCCCUUCACAAAGUGAUCAUGGUGGGCAGCGGAGGUGUGGGCAAGUCAGCCCUCACGCUGCAGUUCAUGUACGACGAGUUUGUGGAAGACUACGAGCCCACCAAAGCUGACAGCUACAGGAAGAAGGUGGUGCUGGACGGCGAGGAGGUACAGAUCGACAUCCUCGACACGGCCGGACAGGAGGACUACGCCGCAAUCAGGGACAACUACUUCCGCAGCGGCGAGGGUUUCCUCUGCGUCUUUUCCAUCACGGAGUUGGAAUCUUUUGCGGCGACAGUAGACUUCAGAGAGCAGAUCCUACGGGUGAAGGAGGACGAGAAUGUCCCUUUCCUCCUGGUCGGCAACAAGUCUGACUUGGACGACCGGCGGCAGGUGAGUGCCGAUGAGGCCAAGGCCCGCGCCGAGCAGUGGGGGGUGUGCUACGUGGAGACUUCAGCCAAAACCCGAGCCAACGUGGACAAGGUGUUCUUUGACCUGAUGAGGGAGAUCCGGGCGAGGAAAAUGGAGGACAGCAAAGAGAAGAACGGGAAGAAGAAAAGCAAAAGUUUGGCCAAGAGAAUCCGGGAGAGAUGUUGUAUUUUAUAGUGGUAAAAGAAAAUCUAGCAAAAAGCCACAGAGCUGCUUUUCUGUACAUAUAUACAUUUCUCCCAUUUUUGAUUUCAUGCUCGCAACCUGAAUCUUGCUUUUUAACCAGAUUUCAUGACUGCAUGUCGGGGAGUAGUGAGGUCCAUUUACGCCAUUUCUAGAUCUUUUUCAUGUGCUGACACUCCAAAUGAUUCCGCCGAGUGUUUUGAAAUGAAACUAACAUGAUGUCGGUGUGUCUCAGUAGGUUCAUGGAGAAACAUGCGUCCAAAAGUCACUACUGGACUUUUCAUUGUUAUUAAUAUACUACAUAAUUCAACUCUUUUAAUUGCAUUACAUUUAUGGAGUCUUGCUGUGACUCACAAUGCAAUGCGUCCAAAAACGUAAACAUCUUACAGCAGGGAAGGGAUUCAUAUGGCCCAUUUCUGAGUAGAUCUUGUGUGAGAGGAAGGUGGGUGGGUUAAUCAUUUUGCAAUGCAGUAUACCAAAAAUUAUGGAAAGUGCCACUCCACAUAGCAACUGACGCUGUGGUCAAAGUAGGAAUUGCCACAAAACGCAUUUAAAAAUAUUCAACACUCUACUGCCGUCUGGUGGCAGUAUGGGGCCAUAUGAAUACCCUCUAUACUUUAUUUCAAAAAGUCCUCCCCCCCUCCUGAAUCCACUCAAAGGCACAAAUGUAGAGCAUGACCCUCAAAUCUCUUUUUUUUCCCCUCCAGUUGUGGUUCUAACAUUUCAUCAGUUUCGAACGUCGCCUAGAUGGUUACUGUCUAUCUCUGCGUUUUUAAUUUAUUUGUUGUUAUUCUAUGAAGUAAUCUCUGGUGCUCAAAUACAAAGCCAGUGGUGUAACACUACACUGGCACUUUGAAGUCAACAAAUAGAAGUGUGAACAUGCCAGUUUUUACGUUUUUUUUUGUUAUUGUGGAUCUUUCUCUUUGCUGUGUCUCCUAAUUGGGCGCACAUCAAAACACUACUGCGUGGAGGGACUUUAGGUCACUUAUUUAAAGAUUAAAAAAAAGGAAUGCCAGAUAGAAAUACGUUGAUUCAGUCACCAAAGAAAACUGCUCGCUACUAUAAAAACAAGUGCCCACUUUUCAAUUGAAGUGAACAACGAAUCUGGCGAAAGACGGAGGAGGGCUCCUUCGUCUUCUAUUAUUUCAUGUACAGUGCACGCCGCUGCCUACCUGUCCAUGUUGAAUGUGAACCAUCCCAUCUCGCUGUCACGUUUGCCCGGAGGCUGCCAAACAUGCUUCUACUAAGCCGAUCUUUUAACCUCGAAUGCCACAAUAACAUCUGAAUGGCACCUACUCUGUAAGCCAACAAUGAUGACUUCCUUCCAACACGUCAGUUUUAGCGACCAACACACACUGUGCACCUUCAUUCCCUUCCUUCGCUAAUGACUGAGCCGCAUUUAAUCAUACGUUAAGGCCACUAAUAUAAUAAGAUACACAGUAAUGGACUCUAUGCAACAAAACAGAUCCUUGUUUUCAUUUCAAACCCGCAAUUUUUAUUUGAAAUUCGGCCUUGACUGCGAGCUUUAUGUCUACAUGUACAGUCACUAAUGCAAAGAAUACUUGUGGUAUUUGCUAUUUAUUGACAAAGAAAAAGCACACAGUGGUGAGAGCGGUGAUGAGAUAUGACAUUUUGGAGGCGAGCCUAAAAUAUUUUGAAUGUUGUUUUUUUAAUUUUAUUUAAGGGCUAAUCUCUAGCACAAGAUGCCACGAUUGGUCCUCCAUCUUUAUAAAGUGCUGUGUGCUCUCAUUGCUAAAGCUCGUAAAAACAGUGAUCGCCAUAGUGCUUGCUGACAUUGGCUUGACUAUGUGUUCAGUUCUUUCCAUCGUUGAGCAAAUUCCCCUGCUGGGAAUUCAAAAGACGAAAUUGCCUUUUUAUAUUAAUACCCUAAAAAAAUAGAAGUAUCUAUACUGUAUAUGUCUGUGUGGUUGUUUGGAUGGUUGGCCAUCAUUUGUAAACGCUACCCUCUUUUUUGUUUUUUACAUAACCACUAAUGUAGCCUACCUGUCUUGAGUGCAAGAGGUGUUGACGCUUACAUUUCAAUUGUGUGUGUGUGUGUGUGUGUGUGUGUGUGUGUGUGUGUGUGUGUGUGUGUGAAAUGGCAAAUAAAGGUG